UUCUCAUGACUUUAAUGUUUGAAGUCAUGGCUUCUCCACCUGUUUAGUCAGCUGAACAGCUUGCACUUUAAUUCAUUUGUUUAAUUAACUCUAAUUGUUUCUUUAAAGCACCAUUGUCUGAUGUGAAUGUGAAGACCAGCUGCAGCUGCUGCUGUCACUUCAGAUGAAUGUAUCUCUGGACAGCAGCAGAUAUGAGAUGCACAUCUGACCAGAGAGACGCAGUGGAUGUGGAGGCUGUGUUUGUGGUCAUAUCAGAUCCAUGAUGAGUCUGUCUAAUGGAGGAUAGCUGUGAAACACCUUCCAUUAAAGAACUGGAGAAAAUACUGUUCGGAGGGAAGAGGAGCGGAAAUCAUGUGGAUGAAGUUUGGCCCAACCUGUUCUUGGGAGAUAUGUCUGUGGCCAACGAUCGGUUCAGUGUGUGGAAGCUGGGCAUCACUCGCGUCCUGAACGCCGCUCACGGGAAGAUGCACUGCCAGGGCAGCCACCAGUUUUACGGCUCAACGGUCGAGUAUUACGGCGUCCCCGCUGACGAUUCACCAUCCUUUAACUUGUCGGUUUACUUUCACCCCUGCGCUGAUUAUAUAAAGGAGGUUCUCAGUUCUCCAGGAGAGCGUGUUCUGGUUCACUGUGCAGUCGGCGUGAGUCGCUCGGCGUCUCUGGUUCUGGCUUAUCUCAUGAUACACCAGCAUCUUUCUCUGCUGGACGCUAUUAAAACGGUCAAACAGCACCGCUGGAUCUUCCCAAACCGAGGCUUUCUCAGACAGCUGCGGGCUCUGGAUGCGACGCUGAUCUGAAUACUGCAUAUAAACACCAACAACAUUCCAGCAGGACUGAAGUACAUGUUACACUCUUAAAAAAAUAAAGGUUCCUGAAAUGCCAUACAGAAGAAGAUCCAUUUCAAGAAGCUUUCAGCGAGCAGUUCUUAAUACAACCAUUUUUAAGUGUGAAUAUUUUAAUAAUCUAAAGAACAUUUUGUUCAAUGGAAAUGUUCCAUGGAUGUUAAAGGUUCUUUAUAGAACCUUUGUUUUUAAGAGUGUAGCAAGACGUUAGCAUCCUUUAGUAGUAAAAUGUAAUUAAUUACUUCAGAUUUAUUGUAUAUUUAACAAGAUAACACAUGUAUUUUCACUGUGAAAUGUUUUCUUACUUAUCAUUUAUAGUGAAAAAUAUAAGGUUCCCAAAAGUCCUCAUUAUUAUUAUUAUUAUUUAAAUUAUUAUCAUUAAAGCAUUUUUUUUCUUUUUCUUUUUUUAUUUAGUUGGGUGUUUUGUUAUAUUUGCCCACAGCCAGAUUGAUUGAUUUGUUUAUUUAUUAAUUUGUUGAUUUUGGCUUUAAUCAAACUCUCACUUAGAAUAUUAAAAAUGUCACUAUAAUCAAAAAAAAAAAAAAAGUUCUGUCACCUUCAGGUCAUUCCUAAAUAAACAAACAUUUUUCUUAUUUUCGAGUUAGUUUUGUACAUUGGUGUGUUUUGUUAUAUUUGUUUUGUUUUUAU